GGUCCCUGGGGUCACCAGUUUGCCUGGGUUGUGGUGUCUAAGCAAGAAAAGCUUGAAGCUCCCUGGCCUAUUUGAAAAACCAGAAGGAAUCGCGGUUGGUGUAAUUUUGCCUUCGCGCGUUUCCGUAGGAAUGCGUAUCACGCUUUUGUUAUCAUGGAGUCGACCCUCGAGCUACAUCUUGAUGAUACCAUGAAAAAUCCAGCCAUUAUCGGAGUUCUCUGCACCGACCAACAGGGACAUAUUCUAGGCUGUCGUGGCUCUCUGUCUGAUGAGCAUGGUGGAGUGGUGUCUGUGCUGGCCAGACAGGUAGCCUCUCUCACCAAAGACCCUACAGACAGUCCCACAGUGUGUCUGGAGUCAGAUUCAGGGAAUAUUCUAGUGAGAGCACAUGGCACCAUCACAGUAGCUGUUCAUAAGAUGUCGUCAUGAAGUCGCCCGAUGAAGAUGGAGGAGUCUGUUUCUGUUUGUAAAGCUGUUUGUUCACUAAUGCUAAAUAAUCCCACACAAUUACUGCCCUACCAAGCAAAAAGGCAGUAACUGUUUGGAACUGAGAAAAAAUGGCUUUUAUUUACCUUGGUUUAGCAGUUACUGCAAACAUGACCCCCAUUUCCUCCAACACACAAUACAAUGGAGGCAGGAUUACUUGUCUACAUGAUUAAGAAUGUACGUAAUGUAGAAAAAAUGACUAACUAAUUUUUGACCAAAUGAGCAGUUACUGUUGUUUUGCUUGGUAGGGCAGAAAACAUUAUCUGGAUCUAGGAGGUCACAUGCAGGUGUUAGAAUAUUCCAUUUCUUCAACUGUCUGUUUGGCCACGAGUCAUAUUUAACUGUCUGUUUGGCCACGAGUCAUAUUUAAAAGUCGACUCCAUACUAUUUGAGUUAUGUUUUGUAAGUUAAUAAGUCUGAUCAGUUUUUGUAUCAAUAUUUGUUGACCUGGCAAUUACUUUUUGGGACAUUUUUAAUCUGCAAUCAUGUCUGAUUUCAAAUUCCUGUAGAGAUAUUGUAUACAUAUUAAAAGCAAUGUAACAUCAA